AUGACUGAGUCCGUGCUAUUCAGGCGAGGCGUAGUUGGUGCAACUUCGUCCCUCUCUCGAGUUCCCCGCAUUUGCACUCAAAGUCUGGCCUGGCGUCGACUAACUCCUUCGUACUCGCGACAUGUUACGACAGAUCUGAACCCGGGAGCUGCGGAUCAAGAUGCACCGAGUACCCCUCUCUCCCAGACGCCGUCGACCCGCUGGAAUGCCUUGAAAACCGCAAAGCCUUUCUCGGAUUUCUUGACGGACACCUUCAACCGCCAGCAUGAUUAUCUCAGAAUUAGCGUCACGGAGCGCUGCAACCUCCGUUGCUUAUACUGCAUGCCUGAAGAAGGGGUGCCGCUCUCCCCGCCCGCCCACCUUCUGACUUCACCAGAAAUUGUGUACCUCUCAUCGUUAUUCGUCUCGCAAGGCGUGAAGAAGAUCCGUCUGACCGGCGGUGAGCCAACUGUUAGGAGGGAUAUCGUUCCUCUCAUGCAGUCGAUCGGAGAACUCCGGAGAGAUGGGCUCCGGGAGCUAUGCUUGACUACAAAUGGGAUCUCGCUACAUCGGAAACUUGAGCCCAUGGUGGAGGCUGGCUUGACUGGGGUAAAUCUUAGCCUGGAUACCCUGGAUCCGUUCCAGUUCCAAAUUAUGACGAGGAGGAAGGGUUUUGACGCCGUUAUGAAGAGUAUCGACCGCAUUCUGGAGUUGAAUAAAAUGGGAGCUGGGAUCAAACUCAAGAUCAACUGUGUCGUGAUGCGAGGACUGAAUGAACGGGAGAUCAUCCCGUUUGUUGAAUUGGGGCGUGAUAGUCCCAUUGAAGUGCGUUUUAUCGAGUAUAUGCCUUUCGAUGGCAACAAGUGGAGUCAAGGGAAGAUGGUCUCGUACCAAGAGAUGCUGGAUAUUAUCCGGGAGAAAUAUCCAACAGUGGAGAAGGUGACAGACCACAAGAACGACACGAGCAAGACUUAUCGGGUCCCCGGAUUCCAGGGCAAACUCGGGUUUAUUACAAGUAUGACCCAUAAUUUCUGCGGGACAUGCAACCGCCUUCGCAUUACGGGUGAUGGAAACCUUAAAGUGUGCCUAUUUGGAAAUUCAGAGGUCUCGUUGCGAGACAUCAUCCGGCAGCAGAAUAAUGGUGAACCUAUCGACGCUUCUGUAUUGGAGGACUUGGGACUCCUCGAGACAGCACGAAACGCAGCGCGCAUCCACGACGAGGGCGGCCUUGUCGAUCAAAGAGAGAGGGAAAUCCUCGAUAUUAUUGGCAUGGCAGUGAAACGAAAGAAGGCGAAGCACGCCGGAAUGGGAGAGUUGGAAAACAUGAAGAACCGGCCCAUGAUCCUUAUUGAUAAUUUGAGAGAAGUUCAGAAAAACGCAAGGUAUUCAUCCCGCGGGUCACCACUUGUGGCUAGGAGUCAGUGGAAAAACAUACCGACGCAUGUACUUGGCGCUGGAGCGCCAACAGCCACACAAAUCCGACUAUUUCACCCAAAACCUAGCAACGCCGGGAAAUGGGGUCAACCACCCCGCAAAGACAACAGCUCAAAGCCUACACCUCUCCCAACAUCUUCCGACCCCGACCUACCACAUUUAAACCGCUCACAGAAAGUGCACAUGACACUUAUCGACGAGAAACCGGAGACGAAACGACUGGCAACGGCCACCUGCAUGGUCCAUUUCUCCAACCGACGGCCCUGGGAGCUACUCCGUGAAGGCAAAGGCACCCAUAAAGGAGACGUCUUUAGCAUUGCGCGCAUCGCUGGUAUCACCGCCGCCAAGAAGACACCCGAUAUUGUCCCUCUCUGUCACCCUGGGCUCGGUUUAACAGGAGUAGAGGUGGACGUUAAGCUGCUGGGUCCACCUACCAGUGGCGAUGAGAAGACGCUGGCAUCGGCAUCAAUGGAACAUGGGGCAAUGCAUGUAAUGGCGACCGUGAGCUGCUUGGGCCGAACGGGCGUGGAGAUGGAAGCCAUGACUGCGACAAUGGGAGCUGCGCUGACGGUGUACGACAUGUUGAAGGCGGUUGACAAGGGCAUGGUCAUUGGAGGGGUGAAGCUUUUGGAGAAGAUGGGGGGAAAGAGUGGGCAUUGGGUUCGGGAGGAAGUUGUUAAGGACUAA